UGGGCCCUUGGCCUGGGGACCGGUGCCUGGAGGUUGAGUGGAAGCCCAUGAAGGAACUGCAGGGGCAAGGCCCCUGAGUUGGUUGCCAUGGCCAAACUUGGGGUGCAGAGGAUGUGAGGGGCCUGCACCAGCCUCAGCUUCUCAGACUGAGGGCCAGCGGACCUUUCUUCUUUUCUAAUCAAGGGGAAGAUGAAAAACAUGGAUGGACCAAGACUUUGAGAUGCAGCCACACGGAGCCCCCAGGCCUGGAAACUCCUUCUCCCACAGCCACCUGCUGGGGUGCCCUACCCACCCCUCAAAGCUCCCUGGAGGGGUAUCACCUCUCAUCCCUGUCCUCAGGAAGACCAUCCAUCUAGAUACCUUCUCCCAAAGCCACAUCCCACAGUCUUCCAGCCGACCGAACCGUGGCACUAAGGCCCGGAGUGUACCCCCACAGGAGACUGGAAACAGCCUUGUGCCCAGGAAGCUAAGCUCCAUUUCCUUAACCCUCCAUCAGAACAGCCAGGCAUGGCCCCUGGGCCCACUACCUUCUCACUGGGAAGGGGUACCCACCCUGGGCAGGGAGGCUUCCACCCACAGAAGAGGGAGGCUGCCCACUCCAGACCCACCAUCUGUGACACUAGUGCCAGGGGGCAUUGUCCACCCCGAGGGCCCAGGGAAGCCGGGUCUGGCCAAACCCAGCAGGAUGCCAGUGGUGGAGAAGCCCCUGGUGAGUUCCUACCUGGCCCUACCCUUCCGAUCUCGGUUGGCCCAGAGUCCACCAGGCCCUGCAGUGGGUCAGAGGCACCCUGUCCCAAUGACUGCCCACGUGCCUACCAGAGCUUCCCCAGGAAGAGGCAAGUCCCAGCCCAGGGGUAUCCCGAGACCCCGGGUGCACCUCCAAAGGGCCACCCCGACCAUGGGGCCUGUGAUGGCGAUGGAUUUGACUACUCUGGACACACUGAGGCCAGGCACAGCCAGACAUUUAGCCACAAUGGCCACCAACAGACCUAGCCUGGCUGUCAACUUAGCUACACGAAACACAUCCAGACUGGACACAGAGUUCCCUGCUCUGGAUAGCAAACUGGGCACAGCCACGACCUUGGCUACAGCAGGCACAGCCAGGCAGGGCCCAGUCAAGGAUCCAGUAGCCCCAGACCCAGACAAGCCGGGCAAAGCCAUAGCUACAGCAGACACAGUCAAGCCAGAUCUAACCACAGGGGCCCUAGCUGUGGAUUUGGCAGCCCCAGACCUGGAAAGGCUGGGCACAGUGAGGCCAGACCCAGCCCUGGCUUUGGCUCAAGUGAAUCCAGCCAGGCAGGACAUACGUAUGGAAUCUCUUGCUUUGGACUCAAGCAGGCAGAGCACAGCCAUGGGUUCUGUUGUGCCAGUCACCCUAAACCCAGCCAUUGGGGAGACAAUACUGGACAGUGUCAUUAACCCGACCACAGCAGACACUGCCACCUAUCCACUGGUGUCAAGCAGAAGCACAGCCCCAGCCCUGGACCAUUCUACAGCGGAUGCUGCCAAAGACCUGGCCAGAGAGACCAGAGGGCUCCCAGAGACCAGGACGGACGCAGCCAUGUCAGAGCUGGUGCCUGAGCCCAGGCCUAAGCCGGCAGUGCCCAUGAAGCCCGUCAGCAUCAACUCCAACCUGCUGGGUUACAUUGGCAUCGACACCAUCAUCGAGCAGAUGCGCAAGAAGACCAUGAAGACCGGUUUCGACUUCAACAUCAUGGUCGUCGGUCAGAGUGGACUGGGCAAGUCAACGCUGGUCAACACGCUCUUCAAAUCCCAAGUGAGUCGCAAGGCCUCCAGCUGGAACCGGGAGGAGAAGAUCCCCAAGACAGUGGAGAUCAAAGCUAUUGGGCACGUGAUAGAGGAAGGCGGUGUCAAAAUGAAGCUGACCGUCAUCGAUACCCCUGGCUUUGGAGACCAGAUCAACAACGAAAACUGCUGGGAGCCCAUUGAGAAGUACAUCAAUGAACAGUACGAGAAGUUCCUGAAGGAGGAGGUGAACAUCGCCAGGAAGAAACGCAUCCCGGACACUCGCGUCCACUGCUGCCUCUACUUCAUCUCCCCCACGGGUCACUCCUUGCGCCCUCUCGAUCUGGAGUUCAUGAAGCACCUCAGCAAGGUGGUGAACAUUGUCCCCGUCAUCGCUAAGGCUGACACCAUGACCCUGGAGGAGAAGUCUGAAUUCAAGCAAAGGGUCCGCAAGGAGCUUGAAGUAAAUGGCAUUGAAUUCUACCCCCAGAAGGAAUUUGAUGAGGAUUUGGAGGAUAAGACGGAGAACGACAAAAUCCGGCAGGAGAGCAUGCCCUUUGCUGUGGUGGGAAGUGACAAGGAGUACCAAGUGAAUGGCAAGCGGGUCCUCGGCAGAAAAACUCCCUGGGGGAUCAUUGAAGUGGAAAACCUCAACCACUGUGAGUUUGCCCUACUUCGAGACUUUGUCAUCAGGACCCACCUCCAGGACCUCAAGGAAGUGACACACAACAUCCACUAUGAGACCUACAGGGCCAAGCGGCUCAAUGACAAUGGAGGCCUCCCUCCGAACAAAGCCGUGUGCCUCACUCAAGAGGUCUGGGGAGGUUUCAUUUAAAAAUGAGGGAGCAGGUGAGCCACAGGUAACUCUUUCUUAUCUCUGAACCUGCCUGCACACUGGGUUUACAGAGAUUCUCCGAGGACAGGCUGCAGAGUCAGACCUGGGAGGGGACAAGGAGUUUGGUACUUACCCCUCCCUGGAAGCCGGGCAUGGUCUGGGGUAAGGCUGGGACUUCCUGGGAGAAAGGAAGUUCAGGGGACAGUGGAGACGUAGGCCAGAGCUAGGCCCCUGCCGGAAGAAUUAGUGCCUAGAAGUGGAGACGAGAGCUCCACCCUUCGGUCUGUGCUGCAUUCAUUGUCCAAAAGCUGCCACCUGUCCCUGUCGCAAACUGCUGUUUUCCACACUCGUCAUACUCGCCUCAGCUCCCACUUUCUCUCUUUUCCUCCCAUUCCUUCAUUUCUUCAUCCUGCUCCCCUCUGACUUCUUUCAUUUCCUUGUAGACUAAUCCACUUUAGUUACAUUUCUACGUUUAGGAUUUACGCCCAGUCUAUUUCCAAACAUGACUUCAGGCCACCUUAAAUCACAGCUAAAAGCAUGGGACAGUACAAAAGGAGAUAAUGGUACAAGAGAUAUCAAAUCCAUAGAGAGGAAUGGGAAAGUGUUUCUGCAGUCGAGGGCGGAAAUCAGCCCUGAGCCUAUGGGCAGCCCGGGCAGAGGAGAAGACAUGGCAAGUUUUGUGCUUCCCAGUGUCUGGUUAAAGAAGCACACAGGCUGAUCAAGUGAAUCAACCUUCUUUUAGGCAUUAAGUUCUAGAAGAACUGAGUCUAAAAGAGUAUCAAGAACAAUAUACAAUUUUUGUCUUUCUUGGUGGUUUGGCUUCGGAGACAAAUUUUAAACGACACCUCCCUUUUCUCCAUCAGGCUUCUCUGUUGCUCCCUUCUCAUAUAUACUUGACCUCCUUUUUCCUUCUUUUCCAUCCGCUCUCACUCUUUUGCUGAAGCUAAUUGUAUGAUUGUCUGUCUGUCUUUCUCUGCUUUCCCCCACCCCACUCCUGACCCUGUAGCCAUUCCCAGCAAUCGUACAUUUAGCCUUUUCUCGCCUUUCCCUUCAGCCCUAUAUUUAUUACUGUAUAUAUAUCCCGUUUGUUUUACAAACAAGUUACUCUUUCUCCUUUAGUCCAUACGGUGGCUAAAAAUUGAGGCUAGGGAAACAAUUUAGCCUUAGGCAAGAGAAAAUGCCAGUGAUACAGUUUACAGUAACCGCCUACAACCUCCUGUUCCAUCUCCUGGUCCAACCCUAGGUGUAAUACUGGUCCUCUGCAAAUCCCAGCAUUUAUAGUCCCUUAUCACUCAGGUGCUAGGAAAACACAAAGACUUAAGACCAAGAUUCAGUGGACCAAGUGAAAGAGGUGAGUGAUAGAUAACCAGUGACCCAAAACCUGUGGUCUCACUCUUUCCUGGAGGCUCUUUACCAAUCCAACCCAUAUGCCCUCUUGCCCACAAAGUGAUUCCACGGUAGGCACCUGUCAGAAUAGAACAGCAGCAGGGUUAGAGCCCAGAGGUGACUACAUUUCAACAGAAGAGGGACCCCUAGCUUAUACAGUGAGCAGUCCUGUAUGGAGAUGUGGGAAUGAACACCUCGGCCUGGCAGGGAAAAUCUAGGGGUGGGGGUGGUGGGUGUUGGAGAGGCCAAAUAGGAGAUUGAUGCUUGGUGGCCCAAAACCAUGAUCUCAGCCUUCCUGGAGAAGCUGUUUUAUAUGUCUGGUGUCCACACCCUCAACCGUUCUCAACCCCCCUGCAGGGAGAAGGCCUCCUGGGCACUGUCCUUCCACCCGUGCCAGCCACCCCCUGCCCCACUGCUGAAUGAAGGCCAUUUCAAGCGCUGCUUCUCCCUCCAUUCCUCUCAGCUGUUAUUGCUGCAGUGCCAUGACCUUUUUAGGGCUCGUUUGUCCAGCCCACCUCCACAGCCCCUCUCAACCCUCAGCAGGUGGGAGGGGCCAAUGGCCUCUUUAGGACAGUUGCCUCCAUUUAUCAACCCCCCCUCUCCUCUCAGUGGAAUGGAGUUCUCGCCAGCACUGCCCUGCUCGGUCUGUGUCAGCGGGUCCCAGCCCAUCGGUAGGGUGAAAGAACUCAUCAAGAGCUUCUUCUGCCCUUGCAAACCCAUACCAGCUAUUUGUAACCAUCUCCAAGAGAAAUGGCAUUGUUCCCUGUCCAUCUGCAUGAGCUACUCUUGGCUUCCCUAAAUGGUCAAGAAAGCCACUUUUCUGCUUGUCAGAUUCGUUGACGUCAGCUGUGUGAGCCCCGAUGUGGGACGAGGGUGUUUCCUUCAUUGCUUAAAGUGUAUUCAUGAGGAUGGGUCACUACAGAUGUGGGGAAACAAGGGCUAGGAUCACUUCUUUAAAAAAUCACCGCUUGUGGCCGGCCCAGAGUGUGGUUGCACACCCUCCACACCCCAUAACGUAGCCACUUAAGAAGAGUGGUUUUCCUGAAAAGACAUUUCUGGAGUUAACUUUCUUAUCCUCACACUUCAAAAAAAAAAAAAAAAAAAAAAAAAA